UCCUCAUUACAGAUAGACUAAUACCUUCCAGUCCAAGAUGGCAGACAGCGAUAAAAAUGGAAGCAGCCGUUCUAGCACCAGCAACAGUCGACUUCAGAGCAAGAAGCCCCCCAACCUGUCUAUAAUGAUCCCACCAGUGAAGACAGAAGAGGAAAGCAGCCAAACAGUGCUUCUGAAAAAAAACCCAGCUCUUCAAAAGAGUGUGAGCCUCCAAGAGUCGAGAUUGAAAAGACAGGACAGCAACUUUGAAAGACAUCCCGCCUUGCAUAGGCAAACCUCAUUGUCCCAGAGUAUUCGCAAAGGAGCAGCUCAGUGGUUUGGCGUCAGCAAUGACUGGGAUGGAAAGCAACAGAAUUGGCAGCGCAAGAGCCUUCAGCACUGCAGCCUGCGCUAUGGAAAACUCAAACCUGCCUACAGGGAAAUAGAAGUGAGCAGCCAGGAAGUGCCUUCUUUCCAAGGCACAGAAUCCCCAAAGCCAACAAAAAUGCCCAAGAUUGUAGAUCCUUUGGCCCGAGGCCGUCCCUUCAGGCACCCAGAUGAAGUGGAUCGUCCACGUACUCCACAUCCUGUCCUUCCCCCUCUGACUCCUGGAGUUGUGUCCUUGGCAUCAUUAGGUAGUGUACGGUCAGGCUACACCCGCCUUCCCCGCAGGAAAAGGAAAUCGGUGGCCCAUAUGAGCUUUAAGGCAGCUGCAGCAAUUAUCAGAGGGCGUUCCGUUCUGGAUCCAUCAGUGCAAAAACGCAGGGGCAACAAACGGAGCUUUAUGUAUCCUAGCUUCAUGGACGAUGAUGUGGUGGAUGGCAUGGAUACAUUUGACUCUUCCUUCUUCAGUAAGGUUGACGCACAUGAGGAGAUGUGCUCCAUGCAAGAUGAUGUAUUUGAAUCCCCACCGCUCUCUGCUACUUACUACCGUGGGCUUCCCUUACAAGAAGAUAGCAAGUCACCAGAAGUUGACCAACCUUUCCAGCAUGUAGGAGCUGUUGCCCUCAAAAGCCUCCAACAAAAAGCUUCUGCUCCUAAGAGGGGCACUCGGAUUGCUUCCAGGGUGAAGCACUUUGCCUUUGACCGCAAGAAGCGCUACUAUGGGCUGGGAGUGGUGGGCAACUGGCUGAACAGAACGUAUCGUCGGAGCAUCAGCAGUGUGGUACGGUCACAGCUGGAGAUCACAGACAGCCACAGGCCUUACUUUACGUACUGGAUCACGUUUGUUCACAUCAUCAUCACUCUACUUAUCAUUUGCACUUACGGAUUUGCUCCAAUCGGCUUUGCUCAGCAUGUGAAAGCAGAAUUAAUAUUACGAAACAAAGGCGUGUAUGAAAGUGUGAAAUAUAUCCAACAGGAGAACUUCUGGAUUGGUCCAAGUUCGAUUGAUUUGAUCCAUCUGGGAGCCAAGUUCUCCCCCUGUAUCCGGAAGGACCAACAGAUUGAGAAGCUGGUCCAGAAAGAGAGGGAGAAAGAGCAUCACUCUGGCUGCUGUGUCCAGAAUGAUAACUCUGGUUGUGUUCAGACUUUGCGUGAGGAUUGCUCGGAAACAUUGGCCACAUUCGUAAAGUGGCCAGACUAUAAUCCACCAGCUGUUGACCCCACCAAUUCAAGUUGGAGUAGGCUAUCAGGAGCAGUUUGUUCUCAGGAUCCCAGGACCUGUGAGGAGCCAGCUUCAAAUCCACCUCAUCUCUGGCCAGAUGACAUCACCAAGUGGCCAAUAUGUACUGAUCAGGUCAAAAGUAACCACACUGGUUUCUUGCAUAUGGACUGUGAUAUUAAAGGAAGGCCAUGCUGCAUUGGAACCAAAGGCAGCUGUGAGAUCACAACUCGGGAGUACUGUGAGUUCAUGCAUGGCCACUUCCAUGAAGAAGCAACUCUUUGUUCACAGGUUCACUGCAUGGGUGAAGUGUGUGGCCUCUUACCAUUUCUUAACCCAGAAAUUCCAGAUCAGUUCUACAGGCUCUGGUUGUCUUUAUUCCUUCAUGCAGGGAUUAUCCAUUGUCUGGUGUCUGUGAUCUUCCAGAUGACAGUGCUCAGAGAUUUGGAAAAGCUGGCAGGCUGGCUUCGUAUCACUAUCAUUUUCAUCCUCAGUGGCAUCACAGGCAAUCUGGCUAGUGCCAUCUUCCUACCCUACAGGGCAGAGGUGGGCCCAGCAGGAUCCCAGUUUGGCUUGUUAGCCUGCCUUUUUGUGGAGCUCUUCCAGAGCUGGCAGGUCCUAGAGAAUCCCUGGAAGGCUUUUUUGAAUCUUUCUGGGAUCGUCCUUUUUCUUUUCGCCUGCGGUCUUCUGCCAUGGAUCGACAAUAUUGCACACAUAUUUGGUUUCCUCAGUGGCCUAUUACUUUCUUUUGCUUUCCUGCCCUAUAUCACUUUUGGUACUGCAGACAAAUAUCGCAAACGGGUGAUGAUCAUGGUCUCACUCCUGAUCUUCGUUGGUUUGUUUGCAUCUCUUGUGAUCUGGCUGUAUGUGUAUCCCAUCAAUUGGCACUGGACUGAAUAUCUAACCUGCUUGCCUUUCACAACCAAGUUUUGCGAGAAGUAUGACUUGGACCAGACCUUGCACCGAUGAAGCAUUUAAGUGGAUUUAGUAGAAAGGAUUUUGAGGAACAAGGACAGAGGCAGCUAUGACUGUGUAAAGCAGAGCAUUUUCGUUUCCAGCUUCCUAUUUGGAAUUUUUAAGUGUCAUUCGUGAAACAGCAUGCACCAAGUGCUGAAGCCAAGCAAGUGGGUAGUCCCUGCCACCUUUUGUGAGGUGUACAUUCUUCUGGAUGUCCAGAGCAAAAUAUAACUAGGUGGCAAUUCUGUGGCAAUCCUAAACAUCAAUUAAUCAUUACCUGGAGAGUUACGAGUAUAAACCAGGGGUUGUUAUCAGAACAUUUCCCACUUACGUGCCUUGCAUCAGAAGGUAGUCUCCACAAAGCUUUGUUCCCGAGUUUCCUCCCUGACAUGAAUUCAGCCUUCGAGGUCAAGUUUCUUUUGAGGAACUGGCAAAGAAUCCAAAGACGUCUUUCAUCUGUGCGGCUGAUUGGGCAUUUGUGAGAUGGAGGUCAGCCGAUGACUUUUCAAAGAUUGUAUUAACUACGGACACCCUGUUGAACUGCUUCCAUUGACCAUCUGCCAGUUUCUAUGUUUUCCUACUUGAAAUCCCUCCUUUUUAUGCAAAUCCUGGUUUGGGGUUCCUUUCCUACUGCCUUUUGGCACAAUAUGGUGCUUGGACCUUGUGGCAGUCCUCCCUGCCUUAGUGCCUUUUUAUGGUACUAGGAAUUGUACUGUGAAAAUAAACCCCAUCUUUUUGUACAAGGGGCAUUUUUAUAUGCAAAUUCUUGUUUUACGUUUUCACAAUCUCUGUAUGUCACUAGGGUUAAAUACUUUUUGACCAAGAACAUUGCUUUUAAAGGCACCUUGUCCUCGGUUAAGAAAUGCGGGUAGUUAUUCCAAUAUUUACAUUGGGUUGGUAGCACAGCAACCUGGAAUUUCUUUAAAAGAACACUUGAAGUAUAAUUCCUUUCUAAAAGGAAAGGAAGGUAAUCAGAUUCUCUAGUGACAAAAUGAGAAAUGUAAAAAAAAAUAUUUUUGGUCUAAAUAAAUGAGCUUAAAUUCUACGAGAAGUAUAUGUACGUUUUUGUGUGUAUGUAUUUCUAACCCUAAAUUAGAAGUAUUGAAGUUGGAGGUACAUCAUCUCAGAGAACCUGCUGUAGCUACAUAGCACAGUUGAUUUAGAAUUCUGACUCACUGUUUUGCCCUAAGCAACAAAGCAUUCCAAAAUCUUACUGUGUAUAUGUGGUAAUUUAUUAGAGCCUUUGGUUGAGAAUAUUUUUCUAUCAUUAUUGUUGCUAAUGUGUAAAUAUUAGACUGUUCCUUUGAACUGAACAAUGUGUCCCAGUUGACACUGUUUAUCUACUUUUCAUUAAAGACAGAUUUGGUAA